ACAUUAAAAAAUGUAAUUAUCUCUUCCCGCUCUUGUCUGGUAAUUUUUUCUCAGUGAUAAUCUGAGAGCGAUAAUUAGCGCGACCGAAAUGCACUGCAUUUAGGUUAGAAAUAAUCGUGAUAAUUUUUGUUUAACUUUCACGGGCAGAUAAGAUAGCAUUCGACUUCAGACAGGUAGAUAAGAUAGCAUUCGACUUCGAAGUAAAAUCUUAGCAAGGGAUUCAGGUAUUUUUAGUAUCUCAAGGUUGCUCAAUCUGAUUUCUUGUGCUGAGACAAUUGACUUGCAUUAUAUUUGACAUAAUUGGAUUUAUUUGAAGGAUUUAUUUGAAGAUACUAAUGUACAUUUAUUCGUCACAAACGUAUUGUUAAGAUAAUUGUGUUUAGAUAUGAUUAGAGGCUGGCGUCCUUGUCAUAGUACUAUCAAAGUAUACUUCCAAGGCAUUUAAUAAAUUCGAAGGAUCUGUUAAAUCCAUUAAAAGUAAUAUGGAUGCAUUCAAAUUCGCCAACUAUGAUUGCAUUGGUUUCGACUUGGAUAACACUCUACUGCGUUACAAUAUUACAAAUCUGGUGCAUAGAGAGUAUGAGAUAUUAGCUAAAUUUUUGGUGAAUGAACGGAGAUACAGUGCAAAGCAUCUGUUAAAGCCAUUAACAGAUAAUGAUUUGGAUUUCAUGCAAAAAGGAUUGUUGUUAGAUGUUGAAAGGGGAAACAUACUCAGAGUGAGCCCAGAUGGUGUUAUUCGCAGAGCGUGCCAUGGAUCACAUCUCUUAAAUACAGAUAAAAUAAAGGAAAUAUAUCCUGAACAAAAAUGGGAAAUUAUAGAUACUUUCUGCAACGAUAUGCUGGCAACCUGGAAUCCUCCUUUGUCUGAGAAAAUGAGAAGUCUUUUAGAUUAUUUCGAUAUUCCGACAAGUGUUGUCUUUGCACGAACUAUAGAUACGCUUGAUGAAGAAAGUGGAUUCUCUUUGGAUAAAUAUAAUGUUUGGCCUGAUAUAUUGGAUGGACUGAUAUACAUGUUUUCUAAAGACAAUUUUCAUUUGAACAAAGGGAUUAUUGGCGACAUUAAAAAAAGUCCAGAGAAAUAUUUGCAUAAAUGUAGCCCAAAUACAAUUUCAUGGUUGAGAGAAAUAAAGAAAAAAUCAGCUACCUUUCUUCUUACUGGAUCAUAUGUAGAUUUUGCAACCUUUACUGCCAGUUAUGCUCUUGGUAAAGAUUGGCAGUCUCUUUUUGAUAUUAUAAUAUGUAAUGCGAAGAAACCUGGCUUUUUUGCUAAUAAUCGACCAUUUUUCACUGUUAUAAACAACCAUGAAACUUGUUGUUGUGUUACAAGCAAAGAUUUAAAACGAUCUGAAAUAUAUAGCCAAGGGAAUUGGAACGAACUAUCAGAAUUUCUUGUUAGUAUAACAGGAAAAGCGGAUCAACGGUGUUUAUAUGUUGGCGAUAAUCUUAUACAAGACAUUUAUGUACCGAAUCUAUAUGCACAUUGUGAUACAUUAGCUGUAAUCGAGGAACAAAUGUCAGAAGGGAUGCUUUAUCAUGGGUUGAUUCAUCCAGAUGAGAAUAUUUUGAAUUCAAAGUUUUGGGGAUCUUACUUUUGUUUGAAAGAUUCAACAGUUAAUGUAGAUUCUUUGUUUGGACAUAUAAUAAAAAAAUAUGCCAAACUCUGUAUACCAAAAAUCGAUUUAGUUACACAGAAACCAUUAGAAGAACCUAUUCCUUGUUUUAGUAAAGAUGGAAAGUCUUAUUGUGGAUAUUAUCCUGCCAUUCCACUUAGUAUAUCAGGAAUGUAAUAUAUAAAGGACAAUAAUAAUUAUGUUGUAUAAAUUAUAGCAAAAAUCAUAUUUUUUCUUCAUAUUUCUUCUUAUAUAGGAAAUCUAAGGAAUACUAAAAGCUAAAAAUAUUCGUAUCUUUUUAGAUAUUAU